UUAAGAGGGUAGCCACUAGCCACAUGUGGCUACUUAAAUUUACAUUUAAUAAAAUGUAAAAUUCUGUUCCUCAGCCACACUGUCCACAUUUCAAGUGACUAGUGGCUUCCAUGUUGGACAGAGCAAAUAUAGAACAUUUCCAUCAUUGCAGAAAGUUCUGUUGGACAGUGCUGUGUUAGAGCUAGGACUUGCCGAAGAUUAGAGAGAGUGCUAUGACUGAACUGAAAAUUCAGACCACUGUCUGCUUGGUUUUGAGUGAGAAGCUUCAGUGGGUGAGUGGGAAACAAGCUGAGCUUCAGAACAGUGAUAUCACAAAGCACAGCUCACAAUGGCUUCAGAACUGGACUCCCAGACAACUCUUCCUAACUCUAUCUAGGUUCCUAAAGCCUCUGCACAUGCAGUUCCUGGAGCUGCUGUUAUGUUAAAAUGUCACCUUUGUCUUCUAUCUGGGACAUCAUCUCUCUGAGCUCGAUAUGGAAUUAUCUACAAGCAACUUUUCUGAGAGAGACUAGUGUGCCUCAGCAAACAAGUUUGGGGCUACUAGAUAAUCUUGCUCCGGCUGUGCAAGUUAUCCUGGAGAUUUCCUUUUUGAUUUUGUUGGGAAUAGGAGUAUAUGCCUUAUGGAAACGAAGUGUUCAGUCAAUUCAGAAAAUAUUGUUGUUUGCAAUCACACUCUACACACUUUACAAGAAAGGCUCAGAUUUUUUUCAGGCUUUGCUGGUCAACCCAGAAGGGAAUGGUCUCCCAUUUCAAGACAAUAAUAUCUUCCUAUCUUUGGGUCUGCAAGAGAAAAUUCUGGAAAAACUUCAGACAGUGGAAAACAAAAUGAAGGACCUGGAAAGGAUGAUCAUUUCCCAAAAACCUGCCACAAAGAGGGAUUGCUCCUCUGAGCGCAGCUGCAGCUGCUCUGACUGCCAGAGUCCCUUGCUUACAUCAGGGUUUACAUCCGCAUCUGAAAUGUGAUGGACUCCAAUCUUUUCUAGAAAAGCACUGUUUCCCUCAUGUGUGCAGUGGUGUAUCAAUAAAGACGGAGAACUAUAUUGAAAUUACCCAGCCAGGACUGGCUCUCUAUUCAGCAGGGCCCAGCUUCCACUUGUGUGUGUGGUGGGGUUACGUGGGGGAUUGUGGUGGUUAAAAAUGUCUGAGAUUGUGGUGCCCACUUGGCAGGCUGGAGACCCUAAGCAGCCAUAUAGAAAAGGAAUCAUAGGAGUGGGAACAGAAGGGAGAGUGGUCAGGGAGGUGGCUCCAUGCUGAAGAGGUUGGAUUCGAUAUAAUAAAAACAGCAAGAAAGUGCUGUUAAGGGUGAUGCUGUGGACUGUCCUAUAGAGAGGGAGGCUGGCUCUUGUGCUGGUUUUUGGCCUAAAGAUAAAUAUGUGGCCUGGAGUCUCCCUGCAUUAAUUAUUCAGAGGUGGGCAAGGGUGGGGCUGGACAUAAAGGAGAUUGUUUGAUUUUAUCCAACUUUUACUAAUUCUUAUUCUGUGCUAAGAAAGCAUUGUGAUCAUCCUUGGGAAUCUGUUCUGAGUGCUUCUGGAGCACUCAGUUUGGUUGGUUGGACAGGUCAUUUCAGAACAAGGAAUUAUAAAAAUAAUACAGGGAAUUCCUUGGCGGUCCAGUGGUUAGGACCCCGCGCUUUCACUGCCGAGGUCGUGGGUUCAAUCCCUGGUCAGGGAAUUAAGAUCCCGCAAGCCGUGCAGCCAAAAAAAAAAAAAAGAUAAUACAGAACAAGGGUCAUAUCUUAGCUUAGGUGAAUUCUCCUCAUGUGAAUCCUAGCUUAGCAGGGAGGGAAGAAGGGAAGGAGGCACCUACCUGCCAUUCCACUCAAUGAGUGUGUCCCCUGCUGAGAAAGAUGGCGUACUGGGGAGAUGGUAGUAGAUGGUUGUCUCAGUGGGUCUCAGAUUCCACAAGCCUUAUAGUGUGCGCAUUUUGCCACAGUAAAUGUGAUUACAGUCAUUGAAACACUUUGUAACCAUCUGACACCUAAAUGAAAUACUUUAUAAACAGUGGUUUAUUGCCAUGCUGGAGGAAAACUGGCUGCCUUGUUCCACAGGACACAACACAGCAGUCUCCCAAGUGAUGCCAAGCAGGGCCCUGUGGGGUUCCCGGGCAUGGAGGGGUUUUUGUCCCCCAUUUCUUGUAGGCAGGACUCCAGCCUCCAUGACCUUCCCUGAGUGCCAAAAGGCAGAUCUGAACAGUUGCUCAUCUAGGGAGGAGCAGCCAGGAAACCACCUGAGGCAGGAUUAAAGGGACCAGAGAAGCUCAUCAAGAUUAGGAGACCACCAGAGACCCUGCACACACCCUAAUCCUGUCAGCAGCCCCACCCUUUUGCAAUUUUGCUGAAGAAAGAAGAAUGUAAGACUGUCGCUGCCUAGAUCCUUAUAACAUACCUCUGACCACUACCCCGGACGAGGGGGGCACAGUUCUUGAGGCACUAGCCUGCGGUGUUCCCUCUCUGCCUGGCAAAGAAAUAAAGUCACUCUUUCUUUCUCCUCCAUAACUCUGUCUCUGUAUUUCUGUUUGGCAUCGGUGUACAGAGAACCAAGGUUUUGGCAUGACAAGUGACAUCUUCCUAAGGGAUUUCUGCAGGUAAUUCUGGUCAUAAUUUUUGUCCAGUGCAUGGGAGUUAGAAUGCAACUCCUGAAUAAAGAUGAGACUUCACUGUGUAGUGCAAAAACAGGCUGGUGAAUACAGGGCGGGGCCAGGAAAGCCUUGGCAGAGGAGGUGACACUGAGUUGUCACAUAAGGGGUUACACAGGCAGACACUGAAAUGGAAAGUAUUCCUGCUGGUGGGCUUACCACAGAGCCAUGUGAGAAAGAGGAUGGCUUACUUGGAGGGCAAGGAGAGUUUCAGGGUGACUGAGAACUGCCUAUUUCCAGAGCGACAAAUGAAGGACUUUGGCUUCAGGGAAGGACACACUAACCUCAUCCUCAGAUCAGCUUUAAUUUCUGAUGUGAACAGAACAGACGGGAGUUAUCAACAAUGUGCAUUAUCUGACGGUGUAGGUGGGAAGGUUUUGAACUGUGCUGCUGAAGGAGUGCCAUGCAAUCUUUUAAAGUCAGUGUCUCAAUUUUUUGUGCUAAAUUUCAGUGUCUUCGUGCAUAGUUCCAGUCUUCUUGUCUUGCUUACCACUCUGGGGUAUAUCAAAGGAAAGUGUCAGAAGAAGGUCUAGAAGAGUAGAGUGAUGUCAGGUAAUGAAGGGCCUUAAAGUUCAUGCCAUACUGUUGGGAAUGGCCCAGUGAAGGUUUUUAAACAGGGGAGUAACAUAGAUUUGGUAGUCUGUGUGGGAGACGGGAUAGAAUGAGCUAGAUGCAAAAGAAAGUGAUGGGGUUGAAACAGUAGGGAAGGGGGCAGGGCACAACCUUUAAAAGAAUGACAUAGCCCGAGGACACGACAUAAACUGAUUAGAAACAGAUAGGUCCAAGAUGGCGGACAAGUCGACUUCCACUAGACCUUGAGCCUCAGUAUACACUCAUUGUAAUACAGCGUGCUAAAUGACACAGCCAGAGGCACCGUGACCGUUCCAAGGCCAACCAUAAAGGUCAAAAAGUGCUCCACAACAAGAGAAGCCACCGCAAUAAGAAGCCCGCACAC